AUUUCCCAAAGCUUCUAUCCGCGUCGUUCACGGUGUCUGCCACCCCACGACCACCACCAUCGCCACCCCUUACGACCGUGAGUGUCGGCGAUAGAACCAGAUCAUUUGCCGGAUAUUGGAUUUAGUUUUCAAAUCAAAUGCACUGCUUUUCGAGAAACAGAUAAGAAAAAUGUCGCCAUUUGUUGUAACUCCGAAAAGCUCUGCUUAUUUCUCUGCUCUCACCCAAGAGAUCGAUAAAAAGCUUCGAAGGGCAAUAGCUUCACCAACUCAGAGACGUGAUUUAUUACAAGCGUUGUUUGCAGACAUAGCUUUAGAGGUUGAUGAUCGAGCUAGAGAUAUAAUUCUUGGCAGAGAAGAUGCAAACUCUGACGCAAGGGUAGAAGUUAAGGUUCCAAUAUGCUUCUAUGAUGUGCUUGCUGAUCAUUUUUACUUGGAACAUCAGCAUGACAACCCAAUUCUCGCUUUAAUUGUUCAACUCUGGAGCCAGCCAUUUGCCUCUCAUAUUUUUGCCCUUCUGUUCCAUAAAUGGUUAUUUGAAGUUCAACUUGAUAGUUCAGAUGUCCUCCUUCGUUACUCAUCAGCUCUUGUGCAAGGUGCUACAAACGUAUUCUGGAUUGAUAUCCAGACAAACACGACACACUUCCAGAGUCUUUUUUCGUAUCUUCUUGUGGACAUUGCAUUGAUGCCCGAGAAGUUGAAGAAAAUCCCUUUGCAGGCACAACGAGAUCUCUUUCUUCUCCUUUCUAGAUUCAUCUUUCUUUAUAAUCUAGUUGACAAGAUCGAAAGCUUCUUACAACACUUUCCAGAGUUCCCGAAUGCUUUCUUAGUAGGGGGUUCUGCAGAUAUAUUCGUUAUUGAACUAUCUGAUCAGCUUCAAAAAUUGAAAGUGGAACCAGUGCUGUUACAUUAUCUCUCCCACAUUAAGAUUCUCCGAGGUUUGGAGCUGAGAAUGACUACAAGUACCAGACUUAAAAGUUGCUUGUACAGCUUCACUUCUCCUGGUGGUCCAAUGUAUCCAACAAGAGCUGUUCGUCAUGCAGCCUGGGAUGCUCUGGAUUUUCUUUUCCCUGUGGGGAGAUAUCCUCGACACAUCAUCAGUCUGUUCUUCCGGUUGCUGUAUCCAUGGUACUGGCCAUCGUCGUGUUGGAACUUUGUAUUGUCAUGCAUACAAGCAAUAAUGUUGUCGAUCUUGAAGCUCAUGUUCCCGAGCCGUAAGUUUAGAAACCCCCCUGAUCAGUCUUAGCCAUCACCACCAAAUUACUCUUUCAGAGCUGUAUUAUUCACAUAAUUGUGCAUGCCUUUUUCAUUCUCAUGAGCCAAUGUUGUCUUCUUGUAAUAUUCAUACACAAGGAUUAAUGUGCAUGUCUACACUCAUCUUUAUAUUACUCCACUCCACCUGCUGUUCU